AUGCAUGGCCACUCGCUUAGAAAUGGUAUUGAAUACCAUGAGUCGUUAACAAAUGCUUUUAUAGCAGCCUAUGCAAAGUGUGGAUUGCUCAGAUAUGCUGAGCUUGUAUUCUGUGGAGUGGCGAAUAAGACAAUAAGCUCUUGGAAUGCACUGAUAAGUGGCUAUGCUCAGAGCGAGGAUCCAUCCAAGGCUUUGACUCUGUCCUCUGAAAUGAUGGGUUCUGGUUUGCUUCCUGACUGGUUCACUGUUGGUAGCCUUCUUUUUGCUUGUUCACACUGUGUGAAUGUUUUACCAGAUAAAGACUUAUGUCUGUUUCGUGAUAUGGUAUCUCGUAGAUUCCAACCUGAAGAAAUUUCUGUUAUAAGUGUAUUGGGAGCUUGUUCAGCAUUGUCUGCUGUCAGGCUGGGGAAAGAAGUUGAUAGCUUUGCACUGAAAACUCACCUUAUGGAGGAUACUUUUGUCCAUUGCUCAAUCAUAAACAUGUAUGCAAAAUCUGGAUUUAUGGAAUGUCCAGGAAAUGCAAAAAUCGGGCUUCGCACUACAUAUGUCUCUAUUUUAAUGGCAUGUAACCAUGCCGGGCUCAUUGAAGGUCGACAAUAUGUUAGGGAGAUGCAGGUCCAUGGUCUAAAACCUGAAUUGGAACAUUAUUCAUGUGUAAUUGACAUGCUGAAUCGUGCUGGACAGUUUGAUGAUGCCUUAAAUCUUAUGGCUGAGAUGCCUAUGCAGCCAGACACUCAAAUUUGGAGCUCGUUGCUCAGUUCAUGUAUGGUUCAUGUCCAAUUAAAUCUUGGGAAGAAAUGUGCUGAGAAGUUGCUGGAAUUAGAGCCAAAAAGAGCAGAAAUAUAUGUUUUGGUGUCCAACUUUUUUGCUAGAUAUGGGGACUGGGAUUCUGUUAGACAAUUGAGGCAAAGAUGA